AUGUCUUCUAUGAUUACGACUACGUCGUGGGUCAAGCGCGGUGUCGCUGCCCAAUUCCCUACUAAAUAUGUCAUCGACGAGGCUGAAAUGGGCCGUAUAUCGAAGCUUGCGCGCAUGCAGCUCGAAGAUGCCAAGGAAGACAUGAGCGCUGCUCAGGAUGGCAAGAUUGACGAGGAGGAGCAGGGAGAUGAUGCCAUGGAGGAUGACAGCGAGGAGAAGCCUUCCACAGAAAGCACAGAGGCAAAGACCGAUGACGAUGUCUUGAAGGAAUUCGACAUGGACAACUACGACAAGGAGGAGGUUGACGAUGAUGGUGAAAAGGUCACCAUGUUUGGAAACGUACAGUCUUUGGCUUACCACCAGCCCAACGAGGCGGAUCCUUACCUUACCAUGAACGACGAGGAUGAUGACGAGGAGCGCGAGGAGCUUCAAAUCAUGCCCGAGGACAACCUCCUUCUGGCCGGAAAGGUGGAGGACGAGGUUGCGCACCUCGAAGUAUAUGUCUACGAAGACAAGGCGGAUAACCUUUACGUGCACCACGACAUCAUGCUGCCCGGCAUCCCCCUCUGCACCGAGUGGCUCGACAUCCCUGUUGGCAAGAACACAGAAGGCCGGACACAGGGCAACUUCGUCGCCGUCGGAACCAUGGAGCCUGACAUCGAGAUCUGGGAUCUCGACGUUGUGGACUCCAUGUACCCCAACGCCAUCCUCGGCCAAGGCGGCCAGGAUGCCGACAAGAAGCAGAAGAAGCAAAAGAAGAAGGCCAAGGCCAACGACGAAUACCACAUCGACGCCGUCCUGGCGCUGGCCGCCAACCGUCAGCACCGCAACCUGCUCGCCUCCGGCUCCGCUGACAAGACCGUCAAGCUCUGGGAUCUGAACACCGCCACCUGCGCCAAGUCCUACUCCAACCACAAGGACAAGGUCUGCUCACUAGACUGGCACCCUGUCGAGUCCACCAUUCUCCUGAGCGGUAGCUACGACCGCACCGUCGUUGCAGCCGACAUGCGUGCUCCCGACGCACAGGCCCGCUGGGGCGUCGACGCCGACGUCGAAGCCGUCCGCUGGGAUCCCCACAACACCAACUUCUUCUACGUCACCACCGACGCCGGCAUGGUCUACCGCUACGACAUGCGCAACGUGCCCACCACCCCGGCCGAGUCCAAGCCCGUCUGGUCUCUGCAGGCUCACGACUCCUCCGUUUCCUCCUUCGACAUCAACCGCAUUAUCCCCGGAUUCCUCGUUACCGGCUCAACAGACAAGACCGUCAAGCUUUGGAACGUCGAGGACGACAAGCCUAGCUUGGUCGUCACUCGCAAGCUGGAAGUUGGAAAGGUCUUCUCUACCUCUUUCGCUCCGGAUCAGGAGGUUGGCUUCCGUCUUGCUGUCGCUGGUAGCAAGGGUAGUGUGCAGAUUUGGGAUUCGUCCACCAAUGCUGGUGUUCGUCGUGCCUUUGUCUCUCGUAUCCCUAACUUCGCCAACGAGGUCCAGGAGCGCACUAUUGGUAUCAAUGUUGACGAGGACUCUUCUGACGAUGAGGGUGAGGGUGAGGGCGAGGAGGCUCCUCGCGGUGGUGAUGGCUGGGAGUCUAUGGAUGAGGAUUAA